UUGAGGACUUGUUACAAAGCCAUAAAAAUCAAAUUUUUUGCUCAUAAUGAGUCACAGUUAUGCAUAGCAUUCGGUUCUAGAUUUUGUUAGCAUUAACGCCGGAAUAUAACCGUUCCGGCAGAAAAUAUCAACGUCGGCGAUGGAUAGGAUCGGAAAUUUACCAAACGAGAUCCUAAUCCACAUUCUCUCUUUCAUUCCCACCAAACAAGCCGUAUCCACAAGCAUUCUUUCAAAGAGAUGGAUUCAUCUAUGGCGUUCUGUUCCCAUUCUUCAUUUCUUCGAUACCAAAUUGAAAACCCUAGCAGACAAUUAUAGCUUCAACGAAUUCCUUUACUCCAUUAUACUCUUUCGAGAAUCCGCUAGUAAUCAUUCCGUCAACAGUUUCUUCCUCGACAUCGAAUACAAUUCGCCGAAACUCGCAUUUCGUCAUGGCAUUCCCAAUGUCAUAAAUUGGAUCAAUUAUGUAGUUGAACGGAAAGUUCAAUUUCUCAAUCUCUAUUUAGAUGUUGUUGUUGGUGGUGGUAAUAUUCAAAAACCCCCAAAUUUGCCUAUUAGUGUAUUCACCUGUGAAACCCUAGUUGUUCUUAAGCUUAAUUGGUUCUCUAUGGAGGAAGGUUUUUCUUUUAAUUUUGAGGGUUUUCCAUUGCUUAAAGCUCUGCAUUUGAAAAAAAUGUACUUUGAUGAAUAUGAAGAAUUUAUUUUGCUUCUAGCUGGAUGUCCUGUUCUUGAAGAUUUACUUGUAUCUGAUAUAAAAUUUCGGAGUUUGGAUUUGGUACCUGCUUUUGAAUUUGAUCAAGUCUUUAAAAGCUCAAGCUUAAACAAUUUGACUGAAGUGUAUAUUAGAGACUGUUAUUUUCAUUUUUGGGUGAAAGCACUUUCAAAUUCGAAGUUUCUGAGCAUAGGAUUUUGGAAGGACUAUCAUUGUAAUGACUUUCCUGUUUUCCAUAAUUUGACGCACUUGGUGCUUAACUAUAAUUGGGAUAGAGUUGUGGAAGUGCUCCGACACUGCCCUAAGCUUCAAAAUCUCAACUUUUGUCAGAAUAUGCAAAGUGGUUCAGAUGAGCACAUUAUAGAAAAUUGGGUAGAUCCGGAAUCUGUUCCACAUUGCCUUUCGUUAAACCUAACAACUUGCACUCUUUGGGGAUUUGCACUUACAAGCUUACAAGGUGACUUUAUGUUAGCAAGAUAUAUUCUAAAGAAUGCAAGAGUUUUACAAACCAUGAAAAUCUCAUGUGUUAGGGAAAUGUUGCCUGAAAUUGAAAAUAAAUUAUCCUCAUGCCACAGGGCCUCUGCAACAUGUCAACUUUCAUUUUAUCGAUAACAUAUAGGAUAUGCAAAUAAUGAUUUCUUUACAUGUUUCAUUAGCUUCUAUUACGCUUACGCGACUGCUAGAUUAGGUGGUUUAAACUAUGAGCUAUAUGUGAAUGUCACAGACUUUGUCUCGGUGCACUAGUUAAAUAAAAUUGAUCCUUAAUUUAUUUAGUCUGUAUUUGCAUGAUAUUU